CGGAGGAGUCACGUAGCUCUGCGGCAUCCGCAGCCUCAUUUACCAGAGCGAGCUAGGGCUGCAGCCACAUCAGUUUGCUGAUCAGAACCCAAGCAGUGCUUGUGGCUGCCGCUGCUAACUGGCUGCGCACAGAGAGGGAUGGAGAUGACCUGGAGGUGUCACUAACCCUGUCUCCACACACUAACGCAGCUGACCUGCUGGCCGUCUUUCCUACAACACUGCAGCCCCACUGAGGCCAACUUCCGGUAUUGGGUAGGAGUAGGCAAUAGGCAUCGGCAGGCAGGUUUGGAGUACAGAGAAGCAGCUACGGCCACUCCUACUCUCUAGCUGUUCUUCCUCCCAACCUUUUCCUCUAGCAGCUGAGAGAAGAGGGUGGCAAUAAGUACUUCUGCCUCAUUCUGAAGCCUUGGAAGGAGCUCCACUCCAGUCACCAUGCCUCACUCAUACCCAGUCCUUUCUGCUGAGCAGAAGAAGGAGUUGUCUGACAUUGCCCUCCGGAUUGUAGCUCCGGGCAAAGGGAUUCUGGCUGCAGAUGAGUCUGUAGGCAGCAUGGCAAAGCGGCUGAGCCAAAUUGGAGUGGAGAACACAGAGGAGAAUCGCAGGCUGUACCGCCAGGUCCUGUUCAGUGCUGAUGACCGUGUGAAGAAGUGCAUUGGAGGUGUCAUUUUCUUCCAUGAGACCCUCUACCAGAAAGAUGACAAUGGUGUUCCCUUCGUCCAAACAAUCCAGGAUAAGGGCAUCGUCGUGGGCAUUAAGGUUGACAAGGGUGUGGUGCCUCUAGCUGGGACUGAUGGAGAAACUACCACUCAAGGGCUGGAUGGGCUCUCAGAACGCUGUGCCCAGUACAAGAAGGAUGGUGCUGACUUUGCCAAGUGGCGCUGUGUGCUGAAAAUCAGUGAGCGCACACCCUCUGCACUUGCCAUUCUGGAGAAUGCCAAUGUGCUGGCCCGUUAUGCCAGUAUCUGCCAGCAGAAUGGCAUUGUGCCUAUUGUGGAACCUGAAAUACUGCCUGACGGAGACCAUGACCUCAAACGUUGUCAGUAUGUUACAGAGAAGGUCUUGGCUGCUGUGUACAAGGCCCUGAGUGACCAUCAUGUGUACCUGGAGGGGACCCUGCUCAAGCCCAACAUGGUGACCCCUGGCCAUGCCUGUCCCAUCAAGUAUACCCCAGAGGAGAUUGCCAUGGCAACUGUCACUGCCCUGCGUCGCACUGUGCCCCCAGCUGUCCCAGGAGUAACCUUCCUGUCUGGGGGCCAGAGCGAAGAGGAGGCAUCACUCAACCUCAAUGCCAUCAACCGCUGCCCCCUUCCCCGGCCCUGGGCGCUUACCUUCUCCUAUGGGCGUGCCCUGCAAGCCUCUGCACUCAAUGCCUGGCGAGGGCAACAGGACAAUGCUGGAGCUGCCACUGAGGAGUUCAUCAAGCGGGCCGAGGUGAAUGGCCUUGCAGCCCAGGGCAAGUAUGAAGGCAGUGGAGAAGAUGGUGGAGCAGCAGCACAGUCCCUCUACAUUGCCAACCAUGCCUACUGAGUAUCCACUCCAUCCCACAGCCCUUGGCCCUGCCGUGUGCACCCACUUUUGCUUGUAGUCAUGGCCAAGGCCAAAUAGCUAUGCAGAGCAGAGAUGCCUUCAUCUGGCACUGGCUUGUCUUCCUUUUCUCCCCUCCCUUUCCCUCUCUCAUUGCUGCACCUGGGAUCAUAGGAUGGGAGGAUAGGGUGCUCCUCAUGACUGAGGGCAGAAGAAAUUGCUAGAAGUCAGAGCAGGAUGGCUGAGUCUCCCCCUACCUCUGCCAGCUCUCACAAUUUUCCCAUGAUGUGGUAGCUUCUCCUUGGGUUCACCUUCUUGCCUGCCCUCUCUCCUGGUAUCAGGGGGUAGUACAGAAGCCUCGCUCAUGCCUUGAGUACAUAUUAUACAGCAAAUAAAUGGCAGCAGAACAUG